UGAGAAUUUCAUUUCACCCGCCUCCGUCACUCGUCCGCCAGCUCCAUUUGCCACUUUCCCUCUUCCCCUGUUUCAAUUCCUUUCCGGCCGCUCCCAACAUUCCAAACCAAAUGCUCUUCCACAACCCCCUUCGUCACUCACUAUCUCUCUUACUUUCCACACUCAAACAAAAACCCACUCCUACAUUCUCAUUCUCAUUCUCCCUUCUUCAUCACCGCCACCGCUUCUCUUCUUCCUGGCUCUCCCUUCGCGGAAACCCCCUCAUUAAAUGGCCAACGCUCCCAACCCCUCAACCCCCUCCCAAUCCCAAUCCCAAACCCCAAUCCUCCGAACCCCAACCCCUCUCCAAUUUCUCGCCGCGCGAUUUCUCCGCAAUUGCCGAUAUAUUCGCCGACUCUUCAAUCUCUCCCGGAUCGCUCCUCCAUGCGGAACUGGACCGCUCCGGGAUUGAACCGGGUUCAGAGCUACUGCUCGCCGUGUUUGACCGUUUCGGUUCGUCGCCCAAGCUGCUUCACUCGCUGUUCCUGUGGGCCGAGAAGCAACCCGGGUUCAGACCUAAUUCGAAGCUGUUCGACGCUGUGGUCAACGCUCUCGCUAAGUCCAGGGAGUUUGACUCCGCUUGGACGCUGAUUCUUCAUCACAUCGAUGAUGGAAACGACGAGGGAGAAGCUUUGGUUUCCGUUGCCACCUUCGGUAUCAUGAUUCGACGCUAUGCACGUGCAGGUAUGGUGCAACCUGCGAUUCGUACAUUUGAGUUUGCAAGAAAGCACAAUUCAAUUAUAGAUUCUGAGUCGGAAUCGAGUUUAUUUGAGAUAUUGUUGGAUUCACUUUGCAAAGAAGGGUCUGUUAGGGCAGCUUACGAGUAUUUAUGUCUAAGAAAGAAGAUGAACCAGGGUUGGGUUCCUUCCAUUCGGGCUUAUAACAUAAUGUUAAAUGGAUGGUUUCGGUCAAGGAAACUCAAACACGGUGAGAGACUUUGGGAGGAGAUGAAGAAGGAGAAUGUAAGACCAACUGUUGUGACAUAUGGUACCCUUAUCGAAGGGUAUUGUCGGAUGCGUCGAGUUGAAAAGGCACUGGAGAUUGUUGGUGACAUGAUCAAAGAAGGAAUUGCACCAAAUGCAAUAGUGUAUAAUCCGAUAAUUGAUGCAUUGGCAGAAGCUGGGAGAUUUAAAGAGGCCUUGGGGAUGAUGGAACGAUUUCAUGUUUUAGAAAUUGGCCCUACCGAAUCGACAUAUAAUUCUCUGGUGAAGGGGUUUUGUAAGGCAGGAGAUCUUGUAGGUGCUAGUAAGAUUCUUAAAAUGAUGAUAAGUAGGGGUUUCCUUCCAAGCUCCACCACCUAUAAUUACUUCUUUAGAUACUUCUCAAGAUGCGGGAAGAUUGAGGAAGGGAUGAACUUGUAUACCAAGAUCAUCCAAUCCGGUUAUACGCCUGAUCGGCUAACAUACCAUCUUUUGGUGAAGAUGUUAUGUGAAGAGGAAAGGUUAGACUUGGCAGUUCGAGUUAGCAAGGAAAUGAGACAUAAAGGAUUGGACAUGGACUUGGCUACAAGUACCAUGUUAGUUCAUUUGCUAUGCAAAAUGCGUAGGUUGGAAGAGGCUUUUGCUGAAUUCGAGGACAUGAUACGAAGGGGUAUAGUUCCUCAGUACCUUACUUUCCAGAGACUGAAUGCGGAGUUAAAGAAACAGGGUAUGACUGAAGUGGCACAAAAGCUUUGCAAUUUGAUGUCUUCCAUUCCCCAUUCUACCAGCUUGCCAAAUACUUACAGCGAAGACAACAAUGAUGCGCGUGCAAGAAGGAAUUCUAUAAUUCAGAAGGCCCAGGCAUUUUCUGAUAUGUUGAAAAACUGUAACGACCCUCGAGAACUCGAAAAGUAUAAAUGUUCUUUUGAAAAUGAUGUCUCAAGUGCGAACGGUUUGAUAGAGGAUAUUGAGAGAAAGAUAAGUGCCAAACGAACAUCUUCUGUGAUUUGACCUCGUCAUCAACCGGGAGCAAAACCAAACUGACUGUGCGAAUGAGAAUCAGUUCGCAUCUGAGCACCGAACCACAUUACAUAAUUGCGACAUAUCCAGAACAAAACGAAAAAUAUCUGCUCUGCAUUAGUCAGCAAGCGCAUGGCUGCAGAAUAUAUGGAGCAAGUGAAUUGCAGGAAUAUCAAUAAAGAAGAACAAAAUGGUGACAAAAACUAACCCAAAGAGGAUAAUGUCUUCAAUGAUUUUGUUCUGAAUGGUGGGAAUAUUCAAUCUUAGGCAGGGUGCUUCGAUGAAGAAAGUUAGACCAUUUUGUCAUCCCAACACUAAAAGUUGUCAAUAGGAAAUCACCCAAAAAUGCAAAAAUUUAGACGGGAGACAAAAAUAAUCCCGAAGGAAAAAGAAAUGGAAACAAGUGGAAAGUUUUAAGAUCAUGUCAACUUCGCAGUUGCCGCUCUAAGCACUGAUGUUUGCUAUCUAGUUGUUUCUGCUAACAUAGAUGUAGGGCUUGUUUGGGUGAGCUUUUAAGAAAAGAUCUUUUUUUGAGUUAUCUUUUUUUAAAAGAUCUUAUAGAGAAGUAAAAGUAAUUUUAUGUUUGGAUAUCUCAUGUAAAAAGGUCUUU